GUAUGGCCGGGACUUACGACGCUGGCCCCAUGAGCUACAACAGCCUGGUAGACGCAAACAACAACAACCGCAACAUGCUCAACCCUCACACAACCAAUCGCACAAGCCACGGCUCAUAUAACAAUCUAGGGCUCCUGGACGGCACAGGUUUGGCUUCGCCGGGUCUGACCAGCAGCAACAGCUACAACAGCAACGGUCUCCCAAGCACCGAUAAUAUUAGCAGUAGCGGCAACCUGGAAAGCUACAUAGGCAGAAUCGACAUCAAACACGAGCAGGUCUCACCCCAUUCCCACCCAUCCCUAUCAACCGCUACGGGGCAGUGCGGGAUGUCGUCGCUCAAUGGGAAUGCAGAUAACAGUCAUGCACAGCAACAAGGUAUGGAUUCAUAUGCCAGUCUUAGCGUCAAUGGCAACGGCGACGGCAAUGGUAAAGACAACCGUGUCGAGGCUCUGGGCUCCCGUCUGAGCGGUUUGGGACUGUCGGCCGAGAUGACCCUACAAGAAUUCGCCAACCAGCAAUACAACUCCUUUACCUCGGGCGGAGAUAGCAUGAGCAACGGACCAAACAUGUUCAUGAACGCGGGAGUGUUAUCAGACCUGAAGUAUGGGACUGUGAGUGGCCUGGGGCCGGGUCAGGGGCAGAGGUCAUACGCAGACGGACGGUCACUGGGGGGAGGUGAGUUUAACACAACUACAGGCAACGGUACGAAUGGGAUGGGCUCGAGUGGUUCACUGGCGGAUAUGCAACAACAACUGCGGGCGCAGCAGGUGCUGUCCCAACAGAACCAGCAGCUAGAGCUUCAGCAACGGCAACGGCAACGACAGCAGCAGAUACUGCAGCAACAGCUGGAACGACAAGAACUCGGAUUAAACGAGAAUAACAAUAGUAAUCCAGCCAAUGGGGGCCGGGGUUAUAACUCAGCCGAUGCCUUGGCGGUGGCAAGUAGCUAUGCCGAGUUAAAUAACACGCAGCAUGCGGGUGAGGACAUGAAGUCAGACUCUCUGUUAGACUUUAUGAACGAGCUCAAGAAGACGAUGAAGUGACCUGCGACAUGCCGCACUUGCUGGGCGAAGUAAUAAAUGGUUCGAAAGCUG